UUGAAAACAAAUAUUGUUAUGGCGACUACAAAUUCAGACGACAGCACAUCAGUUCCUAAAGAUUUUCAGCUGUCUUCGUCCUUAGACAGUGGCAGCCGCAUCAGUCCUAAUUAUUAUAGGUGCCAGUUAUGUAACAAUUAUAGGAAAGUUUUUUACUGCAAGGAGUGUGUGCAUAACGGAGAUAUUUAUAAAAGUAGUUCUCAGUGUCCAGAAAGGUAUGCCGACAAGCAAAUAAAGUUAUUACAACUUAAAGCAGCAAGAAAAGCGGUCGAAGAUAAUUGUUUAGAUAAGUUAGAAAGGAAACAAAAAAUCGACGUUUUGGGAUCCAAAAUUAGACAAUCAAGAGAUAGAAUUGAAAUUUUGAGGCUCUCUUUGAAAGAUAGAAGAGAAAAACAAAAAACUUAUAAAGCAAAAAUAAUCGAAAUAAUUGGUAAAAAUGAAAAGUUGACAAAAAGCUUGCCAAAGUAUGAAGAAAGAGUGGAGAAGUUGGGCUUAUAUGUGGCAUCUAGAAGAGAAGACAAUCAAAGAUUAAAAGAUAAAAUAUUAAAUGAACAAGCUCAAUUGCAAAAUGUUGUCAAAACAAGAAUUCAACAACUUGUUCAGUAUAUUUUUCCCAUUUCAAUUGUACUUCCUAAAAUAGAAAUUGAAUCUGGAGAGGUGGAUAUGGUCACUGCUCUAGCUGAAGCUACCAGAACAACAUAUAUCAGCAACCAGUGGGUUUAUAAUGACAAUUCUGGAGAACUACAGUAUUGCAUAGUUGCACCCACAUUACCUGGCUCAGGAAAUUAUUCUUCAUAUAAUAUUUGGGGUUUGUUUCAAUCCUUUUGA